AUGAAAAUCAAUAACCAGGACGUUUUCAUGAAGAAGCCUACAGUCAUCAUGGUGCCCUAUCCAGCACAAGGCCAUGUGACACCCAUUCUUAACCUGGCCUCCGCCUUGAGCCGCCAUGGCUUUUCUCCGGUGGUUGUAACACCGGAGUUCAUUCACAGCACCAUUGCUCACAAAAACGCCGGCAUCACCUGCAAGUCCAUCCCCGACGGUUUGGAGGAGGAGACACCACGUGAUUUCUUCUCCAUUGAGUUUGCAAUGGAGAACAACAUGCCGGAGCAUUUGGAAGGUUUGGUUCGUGAACUUAAUGGUGGAGAUGGUGGCGGAGUUGCAUUCAUGAUUGUGGAUUUAUUGGCGUCAUGGGCAUUGAAAGUUGGCGGCGAUUGUGGUGUUCCGGUGGUCGGAUAUUGGCCGGUUAUGUUUGCUGCUUACCAGCUGAUUGCUGCUAUCCCGGAAAUGCUAUCUCUGGGAAUCAUCUCGGAAACUGGCAUUCCACAAAAUGAAGGUCCGAUAUACUUGGGAUAUGAUCAACCUCCUUUAGGCACACAAGAUUUACCAUGGCUUAUUGGAAAUCUAAUUUCAAGAAAAUCUAGAUUCAAGUUUUGGACAAGAACAUUGGCUAGAACAAAAACGCUUUCGCAAAUCCUUGUAAACAGCUUCCCCGAGGAACACCACAUUGAUACUAACUUACAAGAUCAAUCAAUAAAAUACCCAAAUAUCACUCCAAUUGGACCAUUGACACAACAUACCCGUUAUGGAAACCCUCAUUUUUCAGAAGAAGAUAUGAGUUGUUUGGAUUGGUUAGACCAACAAAGUGAUCGCUCUGUUGUCUACAUCUCCUUUGGAACAUGGGUUAGCCCGAUUGGUAAAGCAAAGGUGAGAAACCUAGCUAUAGCUUUGGAAUCAUCCAAACAUCCAUUCAUUUGGGUUUUAGGUUCAAAAUGGCGCGAAGGACUCCCAAAAAACUAUGUGGAGCGAAUGUGGAAUCGAGGAAGAGUGGUUUCUUGGGCCCCACAAAGUGAAGUGCUACGACAUAAAGGAGUUGGGUGUUAUCUAACACAUUGUGGGUGGAACUCGACUAUAGAGGCUAUACAAAGCAAGGUGAGAUUAUUGUGUUAUCCGAUUGCAGGAGACCAAUUUGUGAAUUGUGACUACAUUGUAAAGAUUUGGCGAACUGGGAUUAGAAUGAGCGAUUUUGGUGAAGAAAAUGUUCAUAGAAGCUUAGAGAAGGUGAUGGGUGAUAUAGAGAUGGAGGAAAGGCUAGUUAAGAUGAAUCAAAGAAUUUUCGGGAUGGAAACUAGUUUAAGAGUGAUUGCUAAUUUGACAAAUUUUGUUGAUGAUUAUAGCAAAGUUACUAAUGAUCAAACUUUAACUAAAGGAAGCUAA